AACCAGUUUUGCGCACAACUGGUUCAUAUAUUUUAAAAUAAUCCACCGGUCCGAUUCAUUUGAACAAUUAUUAUUGUGUUGUGGUGACAGUUCCCAGUGCACUAUCAUUUCGGGGCUAAAUAUGCACCGCUUUGCAUUUGUAGUUUUGCUGUUUGCCGCUUGUUCCCAAACAAACGGACAGUACCAGUGGACUUACAUAUCCCCUUUGGCACAACAACCCUAUUAUCAACAACAAUUCCAACAUUUCCAACAACCCUAUUUCUAUCAGACCCCGCAGUUCUACAACCCAGUUCCUCAGCCUCAAUUUUACCACAACCCCUUCUUUUACCAACAGCCAAACAUUCAAGUGACGCAGCAUGCACAACAAAAUGUACAACCCAUGACUAAAACCACCGAAACACAAGCUGAAAGAAACGAAGCUAUGUUCAGUCCUCGUGAUUUUGGAGGAUUUGGAUACAGGACGACUUAUGAUGAUGGAGCUUCUUCCACUGUUGUGUUCUUCAACGGUGCCCAUGCUAAUCCAAUUAAUGUUAGAAAUAGUGUGACUGUUGGCUCUGACAUCUUGGAUCCACAGACUGACUUGCAGGAUGCUUUGCAAAAGAAAUCGGAAGCGAGGAUGGGGAAAUCGACUGAACCAAUUGACAACUUAUCGUUAAUCAGAUCAUUUUUGGAAAGUCCCAACUUAGAGUCCAACAAAAUUCAAUUUUUCACCACCGGUUUACCAGCAGACACAGUAACACUUUCCCUCCCAGCUCCAAACGCCACAGAACCUACCCCCUCGACAGAACAACCAAAAUCUGACGAACAAAUACCAGCCGAAUCCAUCCAGCAUCAAUCCAGGUCUAACGAAAUCCCACCAGAAGUAAAACCAACCGAAACCACAACCCCUUCAACAAUCACAACCACCGAGGUACUCGAAACGGUACCCACCACGAUGCAAAAUGAAGAAGCGACUGCCGAAAGCAGUUCGGCGACCAUAGUGGUAGCGGAAACGAGUGAAAGUACCGGCGUGACGGAAGAAACCGCCACCGCCGAAUCCGAAGGAAGCACUGAAGUCACCACAGUCGCAUAAUUUAUCCAUUAGCCUGAGUCUGAAAUUUAAUUAGUUGAUUUGUACUUUCAAAAAAUUGAUGAUACAUUUAGUUGAAAUCAAGCGGUUGUUUUUAAAUUGAAUAACAAUACGACAAAGCCACUUAGACUUAAAUCUUAAUCAUUAAUAA